GUGGGGAAACCGAACAAAUGUCUUGACCCCUUUUGACACCAUGAUCGUUGCCUUUUUUAUUUGUCCAAAACCGUAGCCCGAAUAUCAAACCUUCACCCUUGCCCCCUUCUGUACAGCUCCAUGUGGCCCCGCGGCCACCAGAACCGUGGCGGCUCAGCCGCGGGGUGGCCCCCGCCGGCACCGCGCCGCCCGCCCCCCAUCAGCGGCAGCAGCGUGGCGCCCAACCCCACAUACUUCCACGCCCUGUACGACGUGGGAGCCGACCGCUACGGGGGGCCGCCCUUGGUCGGCGACACCUCCGUCCCGUCGGUGCGCAGGAGGGGGGCGUUGGUGGUCCAUCGUGACGUCAUCUUGGCCCACCAGGAGCACAAGAGGCUCAACACGCCCAAGGCCAGGAGGAAGCAGUGGGAAAUGGCGCGCUUCGGGGACGAGCUCCCCAACAGGUACGGAGGAGGACAGGGGGGACAAGGAGGAGGCGGCGGCGGCGGGCAAGGAGGCGGAGGAGGCGCCGGCCGAGGGGGCAGCCGCCAAGGGGGCGCCCCCGGGGCGCAGCGGAUCUACAAGCAGUCCAUGGCUCAGAGGGCCCGAACCAUGGCCCUGUACAACCCCAUCCCCGUGCGGCAGAGCUGCCUGACCGUCAACCGCUCGCUCUUCAUCUUCAGCGAGGACAACCUGGUGAGGAAGUACGCCAAAAAGAUCACCGAAUGGCCUCCUUUCGAAUGGAUGAUCCUCACCACAAUCAUCGCAAACUGCAUCGUGCUGGCGCUGGAGCAGCACCUGCCCGACGACGACAAGACGCCUCUGUCCGAGCGACUGGAGGACACGGAGCCCUACUUCAUCGCCAUCUUCUGCUUUGAGUCGGGUAUCAAGAUCCUGGCGCUGGGCUUCGCGCUGCACAAGGGCUCGUACCUGCGCAACGGCUGGAACGUCAUGGACUUCGUGGUCGUGCUCACCGGGUGAGUUGGCGCCGUCGCCGGUUUUCUUUUCAGCGUUUUAGCCGGGGGGGCCUGCGUGUGUGAUUUCAAACGGGAUUGCCUUCAUUUUCGAAGGGUUUUCGAAGAGCAAGGCAACCGUCUGCUUUGCAAUCAUAUAUUCUGUGUUCCCCCGCUAGUCUAAAAACUCUAUUCUGAUUACUGUUUAUUUAUAUAGUUUUUGGGGGUCGGCGGAUGACAAGUCACCCCGCUAUAAAAUCCGAGUAGCGCUCAGACCGGCACCUAAACACCCUAUUCCCGAAACACGUUGGCGGCGGCGAACGAG